CCCUCCAAACACCCCACACACUCUGUAACAGCAGCCAAAUAGUCAGGCGUCAGGCAGUCAGCCUCAUCUCCACCUCCGACUCCACUCACCACCGCAGUCACAGCAGCUGCAUCUCAUGCCUUCACCUGCCGUCCAUCUGUCCGUCCGUCCGCCGGUGUAGUGAAGCAGGGGGAAGAUGCUGGAGAACGGGAGGAAGGUGUUCAAAGAAGGUCUGCUGGAGAAGCGCAGUGACGGGCUGCUGCAGCUCUGGAAGAAGAAGCACUGCGUUCUGACCGAGGACGCCGUCCUGCUGCUGCCGCCCAAGCAGCACGACCACCCGCAGCAGCAGCACCAUCAACACCACCACCACCACCAUCAUCACCACCACCACAGCAGCAGCGGUGGUGGUGGAGGAGACACGGGCAAAGUCAAAGAGCUCCACUUCGCCAACAUGAAGACUGUGGACUGCGUGGAGCGUAAAGGCAAGUACGUCUACUUCACGGUGGUCAUGACGGAGGGCAAGGAGAUCGACUUCAGGUGUCCGCAGGACGAGGGCUGGAACGCGGAGAUCACCUUGCAGAUGGUUCAGUACAAGAACCGGCAGGCGAUCCUGGCUGUCAAGUCCACCCGGCAGAAGCAGCAGCUGCUCGUCGUGCAGAUGCCCAACCAGAAGACCAUCCGCUGCACGCCGAAUGUCGCGUGACCUGCGGCGAAUCCCGCGGACAAUGGUGCGCCUUUAGCGGUUAAUUGGACACUUGGCUGGAAGACGAAUAUUGACCCGGGCUGCAUCUCCCUCUGCCGCUUCACCUUCAAGCUCCACCGUCCUGGAGAACCCCUCUUCCAUGUAGUGUUUUCCAAAGAGCAGAGACCCGUCCCUUUUCAACUCACGGACUUGAUUCACAAAAGACUGAUGGACAAAAAGCAUGUGAGAAGACUACUGUGUACCAUGGUGCGAUGGGUUUAUCCCUUAUUUAUUAGUUGUGUAUAUAUCUUUUUCUAUGAAAUGAUGUUAUAUUAUUGAUUGUUCAGUGUGGUUGUUGCUAAAGAGGAAUGGGAAAUACUAGCUCGGCAAGCCACACGUCAUUACGUACAUCAGCUUUUCAUAUGUACUUCUCUUAGGGUGGUUGCUGUAGGGUAGUCGGGCCAGUUGUCAUCGGUAUCAUGUCUCAUUGACCAUGUUUUUCCUUUUUCAACUGAACCAAAGAAUCAUUUCAUUACACGUGUCGCUCUUCAGCAGUGUCACACCUCAGAAUAUACUUAACAGAAGUACUAUAGAUACUGUAUAUGAUGAGAGACCUGCUUGACCUACACAUGAUUUCUGUGAAAUGCUUGGUUAAUUAAUAACAACAGUCAUUUCCAUUGUUGCCGCGUGCAUAGAUAGAAAAACUAUCUCUUGCUUUUUCGUGAGUCUUAAAUCUAUGUGAGAUACUGGGUUAUUACAGAGAAACGUUAGCACAAGUAAAUAACACACAGUGAGUUAUUAUUAUUAAUAUUGUUAAUAUUAUAAUUAUUAUUAUAUUGACUGUUUACAUGAACAGAGUUCCUCCUAAGAUGUAUUUUCCUGGUUGCUUAAAAUCAUUUUGGAAGGAAACAAAUUAGCAGGGUUUUUUUUUGGAAAGGAAACUCAAAAAUAAAAGGAAUCUAAAUUAAACCAAAACUGACAACCAGAAGACAAAUAAGAAAAGUAGCUCUCUGGUCAAAACAGGAGAACCUAUCAUGGUAUAUUAGCAUUUUUUUAAUCUCAAGUUUUCUGUAUGAAGUUGUGACUCCAGUAGCUGCAGAGUAUCACAGUAGGUUUUGAGAGUGAAAACAUAUGUUGUUGUGGCAUUUCCUGGUGGCGAGGGAUACGUGUCACAUGACUGUGUCACAUUUAUUCGACAAAGUCCCAACAUUGAGGUCAAAUGCCAAGCACUUGUUUGGCCUUAAAGCUCAUUAAAGGAUGUUUUUCGCUUACUUUAAUAUACUUCCUACUGAUUCCCUGCACAUAAAAACAAUCUUCUAUAAUGCAGCCUGAGUUGUCUAUUUAAUUGGACCCAAAGGCAUUAAUUGUGAUAUUAGAGAGCCAUUUCAAGUUGCUGUGAUGAAAAUGUGCACAUUAUUUUACUUCUCGUCUUUUGAAACCAUUGUGCACAGGGGAAACAAAAAAUCUAUUUUUGGCCAGUGGGUUUCAUGAAACUUGUAGCUGCAAUAAUUGCCACUAUGCCAACAGUUUCUCAAAUCCCAGUCCAAUUCUGGGGAAAAUCAACUCCAUAUAUACUGCUGAUCACUCAAAUCACUGUGUAUUAUAUUUCCUAUAAAAUGUCAAGAGUUGAAAUGUUUUGUAUACAAAAUAAAUUGUCACAUGACAUAAUUGACAUACAUUAGACGUUGAAUUUUGACGAGAGUUGAUGUUUGGCAAUAAAAGCUUGCCAAGUGACUCAGUCAA